ACUCGCGACUAUGACUAGGACGAGCCCGCGGCGAAAACAGCCAAUUCGAAUCCAGUAUUAGUGCGGUUAACAGUGUUCCUAACAAACGGUGUCUUGUCUUUAUUGUAUUUUCAUUUAUCUCCUCCACUUUAAUUAUUUAUAUUUAUAUAUUACCUAAGUGUACACAAAAUGCCUUUCAAGCCAGUGGAACAUCCGAAAUGCCCCAAGUGCGGCAAAUCCGUUUACGCUGCGGAGGAACGCGUUGCUGGAGGACUUAAAUGGCACAAAAUGUGCUUCAAAUGCGGUCUGUGCAGCAAACUUCUCGACUCAACAAACUGCUCCGAGCACGAGGGUGAGCUGUUCUGCAAAGUCUGCCACGCCCGGAAAUUCGGUCCCAAGGGGUACGGAUUUGGUGGAGGCGCAGGCUGCCUCUCCAUGGACCAGGGCGAGCACCUGCAGAGAGAUGGUGAAUUGAGAGGCUCGAGCGCAGUAAUGGAACCCCGCGCAAUUGCUAAAGCACCUGAAGGCGAAGGAUGUCCGAGAUGUGGUGGAUUUGUUUACGCUGCUGAGCAAAUGCUUGCACGUGGACGACAAUGGCACAGAGAAUGUUUUAAAUGUGGGCUCUGUUCAAAACGAUUAGACUCCGUCAACUGUUGCGAAGGUCCUGACAAGGAUAUUUACUGCAAAGUCUGCUAUGGCAAGAAGUUCGGUCCAAAGGGUUACGGCUACGGUCAGGGUGGUGGUGCCCUUCAGAGUGACUGCUACGCAAACGGCGAUGCAGCCCCACGCACUACAGUGGUGGACACUGCGUGCAUAAAAGCACCGCCAGGAAAAGGAUGUCCUCGUUGUGGGGGCGUAGUGUUCGCCGCGGAACAAGUUCUAGCGAAAAGUCGCGAGUGGCACAGAAAAUGUUUCAAGUGUCACGAUUGUUCGAAAACACUUGACUCGAUAAUAGCUUGCGAUGGUCCUGAUAAAGACGUUUACUGUAAAACUUGUUAUGGAAAAAAAUGGGGACCUCAUGGUUAUGGAUUUGCUUGUGGAUCUGGAUUUUUACAAACUGAUGGUCUUACAGAAGAACAAAUCUCAGCAAGUAGACCAUUCGCUAGCCCAGAUACAACUUCAAUAAAAGCACCAGCAGGUCAGGGCUGUCCCCGAUGCGGUGGAAUGGUAUUCGCUGCCGAGCAACAACUUGCCAAAGGGACAAUGUGGCACAAAAAAUGUUUCAACUGUGCCGAGUGUCAUCGGCCUUUAGACUCAAUGCUCGCUUGCGAUGGACCUGACAAGGAGAUUCACUGUCGCUCGUGUUACGGCAAACUCUUUGGACCCAAAGGCUUUGGAUUUGGUCACACUCCAACUCUGACAUCGACUAACGGCGACGGCGCACCUUCAUUCAUUGACUCAAAACCACAAUUGGGCACAAAAAGUACCGAUGGACACGGGUGUUCACGUUGCGGUUACCCAGUUUAUGCUGCCGAACAAAUGAUCUCCAAGGACAGACUUUGGCACAAACGUUGUUUCAGUUGUGGUGCCUGCCAUCGUUCAUUAGACUCGACAAAUCUUAAUGACGGACCUGACGGUGACAUCUACUGUCGCGGAUGUUAUGGACGUAAAUUUGGACCACGUGGUGUUGGUUUUGGUAUGGGCGCCGGUACUUUAACGAUGGCUUAAUUUAUUUAUUUAUUAUAAUCAUAAUAAUAAUUAUAAUUAUUUAAUCUUCAUUAUUUUCAUUAUUUUUUUCUGUUUAUAAAUCGGUUUUCAUUAAAUUAAUUAAUAAAUAAGUAAUGAGCCAACGAUAACUAGAUAUUUAAAUAAUCGUCAGGUUACCGCGGAUUCGAGUUAACAGCGAGACGAACAAGACGAUUUUAUUUUUAAUUAAUUAAUUAAUUAAUUAAUAAUUUAAAAAUUUUAUUUAUUAAUUUAAAUAUCAAUAUAUGAUUUAUUAAUUUUCGCUGAAUUUGAUUGAUAAUUUAAUAAAAAAAAAAAUUUAUUUUAAAAAUUAUCGAUGGGUAAAAAAAUAAAAUAUUUUAUUUAGUUGUGUCAAUACGAACGAACGUUUUAAAAAUAAAUAAUAAAAAAAAAGAGACGAGUUUUAUUUUGUACAAUAAUUGAACGUCAAAAUGCCGAGAGCAAACAAACAAUACCUGAACUUUUUAUCCAUGUUUCAAUAAAAUUACUUACCUUGGAUAUACAUCGGGUAUUUGUUAUUUUUUUUUAUUUAU